AUGGCGUACCAGGACGACGCGGGCGGGCAAUUGUUCAGCUCGUGCGUUUUUACCUUUGUCCCGAGUCGAGACUUGCAGGACACUCUUAUUGACGAGCUCUCCAAGAAUGUCGUCAACUUCGGCGGCCAGGUCGUCGAGCAGAAACGCGACAAGUCCCUGUCCCUCGAGAAGGUCACCCAUAUCAUCGCCAACACCAUCGACUUCCCACAGUACGGCGACGCGUCGGCCAUGAUGAUUCCCGUCGUCAAGUCCUCGUGGGUAUCCGCCUCCCUCACCCGGAACAAGCAGGCCCAGAUACGGCCCUACUCCCCAGACCCCCGCCUAUUCUUCAGCGAGGUCGUUCUCUCCGUCGCCGACGUCCCGCCAACCGACAAGGAGUCCAUCAUCGGCGCCACCAUGGCCAUGGGCGGCGUGGACUCGGAAAACAUCACCAAGCUCGUCACCCACAUCUGCGCCUUGUCUUUGGACCACCCAAAGUGCCAGAUAGCCCUCGAGAAGAAGCUCAAGGCCAAGAUCGUCUUGCCACACUGGUUCGACGACUGCUUCCGACUAGGAAAGAGGAUCGACGAAGGCCCGUACCUUCUGCCAGACGCCGAGAUAUUGCGUGCGCGCCCCGAGGAUGAUGUGCCAGUGCCUGCAAGCCAACACCUGGAGGGUGCGACCUCGGCCCGCCCGCAGUAUCUUCCAACCCCGGCCGACUCCAUGACAGGCGUGCGUCCCACGCUGACCGUCUUUGAUCACAAGAAAGUCAUGCUGUCCUGGGACCUGUCCAUCACGGCACGCCUGAGGGAAAUUGUGCAAGACCUCAUCCAGGACGGCGGCGGCCAGCUGACCGAAUCCGUCGACGACUGCGAUUUCUUCAUCUGUCAAUACCGCGAUGGAGAUCAAUACAUUCGCGCCUGCCAUGCGGGCAAGAACGUCGGGAACCUUUCGUGGCUGUACCACCUGAUCACCCAGAACGAGUGGACAUCCCCCAUGCGCCGUCUGUUGCACUACCCUGUACCCAGGGAUGGGAUCCCCGGGUUCAAGGACCAGAAGAUCACCGUCUCCAACUACGGCGGUGAGGCCCGGAUUUACCUCGAGAACUUGAUCACCGCCGCCGGUGCCACCUACACCAAGACAAUGAAGGCGGACAACACCCAUCUUAUCACGGCGAGAGACAACAGCGAGAAGUGCGAGGCCGCCCGGGACUGGAACAUCCACAUGGUCAAUCACCUCUGGAUCGAGGAGAGUUAUGCCAAGUGCGAAAUGCAGAGUCUGACAGUUUCAAAAUACACCCACUUUCCAGCAAGGACAAAUCUUGGCGAGGUUAUAGGCCAGACCUUCUUUGACGAGUCUAAGCUUCGCAACAUGUACUACCCGGGCGGCCCAGAGAAGCUCACGCCGGCCGCGUCAAGGAAGCGCAAGAUGCUCGACAUGGCAAACGAGAACGCCUACUCGGACGGUCCGGCCGAGGGUGUAGCAAUCGGCCGCCAGGCGCGCAAGGACUUUGAUGUGAUGAAGGAUACGGAUGCCGACUACGCCACAAAGACUACGGAAGAGUUUGGAGUACCGGCGCCCGCAAAACGACGAGCCACCCAGGUCGCAACUCCGGCGCGAGGCCGCCACGUGCGCUCCGGGAAAGAGAACGAGACACCAUCGACGGUGUCGACCGGGAGCCGCAGCGCCAAGGAUAAGGCACAGAAACGCUUAUCGGAUCUGGCACCUGACAUUGCUCUAUACGAGAAGGAGAAGAAGCGGGGAGCCAAGGACGGCCCGGGGCUAUGGGGUGGGAAGCGCGCUGCCGACCACAUCGAUCGGGAAAACCUGAACCGCCGGAGUGCGUCCAGCCCAGCCGACGAAGACGACGACGAAGGGGCGGCCAAAAAGCGGGCGGCCAAGAAGGCACGACCAACCUUGCCUGAGAUUGAAAUGAGAGUGGUUCUCACAGGGUUCAAGAGAUGGGUAAACGACAAGUACAAGGAGGAUGCCGACCGGAAAAAGUUGCGAGACCUCGGCAUCGCCGUGGUGACGGACGGCCAGCCAUGCGAUUUCUUGGUGGCGCCUCAUGUAGUACGCACUGUCAAGUUUCUUCGCAAUCUGUCCAAGGGUGCUACAGUGCUGUCAUCGGAUUGGAUCGAGAAAUGCCUGGACUCGGGCAAGGUUCCACCACCAGAAGACUACCUCCUCCAUGAUAAGGCCAACGAGAAGAAGUUUGAUUUCAAGCUCCAGAACUCGGUGGACCGGGCAGCCAAGAACAAGGGCAGGUUGCUGUGGAACGUGCCCAUCUACUGUACAUCGUGUAUAAAGAAUGGCACCGACAGCUACAAGGCCAUUGCCGACGCCAACGGAGCUAUUUUCCUGGUGUACGCAGCAAGGAGCGGGACAACGAUCAAGCCAACCAAGCCGGAGGAGGAUGAGGGUGCCCCGGAACCAGUAUACCUCCUCAGCACCGCCAGCCCGGAAGAGAAGAAGUUGUGGCCACGGUUUGAGGCCAUGGCGCGCCAGGGUAACAUGGAGCCCAGGGUGGUUGCAUCGGACUGGUUGCUUGAUGUCGUAAUGAAGCAGCAAGUGAGCUUCGACAAGAAAUACCUGGUGACGAAUUUCUUCAGCUAG